AUGGACCACUCCGACGAGGUGGCUUUUCUGAGGGAGGAAGUUUCUCGUCUCAGGCAUCAUGUUGCCAUUCUGCAAGGGGACCUGUCGGGCGCUCAUCUGACUGCAGAAGGGCUUCUCGCGCGUGUCCUCGCUCUGGAGCAAUCGUCCAGCGGGCACACCGUCCGGCUGUCUGACAUGGAGGCUGACCUCGAGCUUUGCAGCACUCGUCUGGCAGAGGUCCAGGCCUCCCUUUGUGCAGUCUGUCCUUUGCUCUGUGCUCCGACAGUUGGGAAAUCGACCCUAGCCGUGACCGUCGCCUACCUCAUCCUCGGAGGAUCGGGUUGUGACACGCCCUUCUACCAGAGACCGGCUUCUGUGGAGCUGUUUUGGUUUUGGCUCUGCAUUUGGAACUUUGAUUUCACUGGAGCUACGUUACAAUACUCGGCUUGA